AUGGAAUCUUCGGCGACAAACAUUCAUCUCGUUACACUGAACUGCUGUGAGUUAAGUGAACUCCAACAAGCCGCUCUAUCCAGACUUCUGCGAUAUCUGCAUGCACCGUUUGCUGCAUUGCAGGAAACACGCAUCAGGGUUCGCCCUCUCAGCAAUAUCGACAAUUACACCAUCUACUGCGGCGAUGCUGAUGAAAGAAAAAUCGUAAGUGCUCACGCACCUACGGAUACCUCAGAGGACCACAACGAGGACGCGUUUUAUGAUGAACUCAAUAUUUUGAUAUCCAAGAUACCUAGUCAGCAGUCGCUAAUUGGUGAAAUUGACGCGAAUGCAAAGAUGGGACCUGAACAACAAUCCGAUGUGCUUGGAAAAUGA